CUUCUCGCACGAUACCGUAGAACACAGAACGGCAGGGAUCUCGAGCAAUCCAUAAACCACUUUGAACACGCCUCAGAUAUCUGCCCCGUAGAUCAUCCCUACCGCCCUGCAGCACUGUUCAAUCUUGCCAACGCAAAGCUUGUUAGUUGCCAAGCUGAGGAAAGAUACCUCGACCUCGAUGUCCCUGUCUCCCUGUUUGAAGGCGCCCUCGAAUUGCGUCCCACCGGUCAUCCGGACCGAACGGUCACGCAACUGCAUCUUGCGGUUGCUCUGCUCUCGCGCUUUGCGAAACGGGGAUUUCAAAUGGACGCUGAUGCAGCCAAAGAAGAUGAACCUGGUGCCUUAAAUGAAGUGAUAUCCCUUCAUUAUGAUGCACUAGGAUACUACAACGCCGGGCACACCCGCCGAGGGCAAUUGCUAGGUAAUCUAGCUCUAAUGCUACACACUCGCUUCAAGCGUCGAGGCAGCGACAAAGACUUGGAUCAAGCUAUCGCACUCCAGACGGAGAUGCUGGCUUUGUGCCCGGUCGGCCACACAGAUCGGUCUGUGUCAUUAAACAACCUCGCGAAUCAACUCUCCUCCCGCUUUCACCACCGAAGCAACGGCGAAGACUUGGAUGAGGCUAUCGCACUUUACAGGGAAGCGCUGGCUUUGUGCCCUGUCGGUCACACAGAUCGGUCCAUGUCAUUAAACAACCUCGCGAUUCAACUAUUCUUCCGCUUUUACCACCGAGGCAAUGGCGAAGACUUGGAUCAGGCUAUCGCACUUCAGAGGGAAGCGCUGGCUUUGCGCCCGGUCGGUCACACAGAUCGGUCCAUGGCAUUAAGCAACCUCGCAAAUCACCUCUCCUCCCGCUUUGACCACCGAGGCAACGGCGAAGACUUGGAUCAGGCUAUCGCACUUUACAGGGAAGCGCUGGCUUUGUGUCCGGUCGGUCAUACAGGUCGGUCCAUGUCAUUAAACAACCUCGCGAUUCAACUAUUCUUCCGCUUUUACCACCGAGGCAAUGGCGGAGACUUGGAUCAGGCUAUCGCACUUCAGAGGGAAGCACUGGUCUUGCGCCCGGUCGGUCACACAGAUCGGUCCAUGGCAUUAAACAACCUCGCGAUUCAACUAUCCUCCCGCUUUGACCACCGAGGCAACGGCGAAGACUUGGAUGAGGCUAUCGCGCUUCACAGGGAAGCGCUGGCUUUGUGCCCGGUCGGUCACACAGAUCGGUCUGUGUCAUUAAACAACCUCGCGGGUCAACUCUCCUCCCGCUUUGACCACCGAGGCAACGGCGAAGACUUGGAUCAGGCUAUCGCACUUCAGAGGGAAGCACUGGUUUUGUGUCCGGUGGGUCACACAGGUCGGUCCAUGUCAUUAGACAACCUCGCGGCUCAAAUCUCCUCCCGCUUUUGCCACCAAGGCAACUGCGAAGACUUGGAUGAGGCUAUCGCGCUUCACAGGGAAGCGCUGGCUUUGCGCCCGGUCGGUCACACAGAUCGGUCCAUGUCAUUAAACAACCUCGCGAUUCAACUCUCCUCCCGCUUUGACCACCGAGGCAACAGCGAAGACUUGGAUGAGGCUAUCACGCUUCACAAGGAAGCGCUGGCUUUGCGCCCGGUCGGUCACACAGAUCGGUCCAUGUCAUUAAACAACCUCGCGAAUCAAUACUCUUCCCGCUUUCGCCACCGAGGCCACGGUGAAGACUUGGAUGAGGCUAUCGCACUUCAGAGGGAAGCGCUGGCUUUGCACCCGGUCGGUCACACAGGUCGGUCCAUGUCAUUAGACAACCUCGCAAUUCAACUAUCCUCCCGCUUUCGCCACCGAGGCAAUGGUGAAGACUUGGAUGAGGCUAUCGUACUUCAGAGGGAAGCGCUGGCUUUGCGCCCGGUCGGUCACACAGAUCGGUCCAUGGCAUUAAACAACCUCGCAAAUCACCUCUCCUCCCGCUUUGACCACCGAGGCAACGGCGAAGACUUGGACGAGUCACGAGAGAGCCUACUCUGUGCAUUGACGUUGUUGACGCAGCAUGAUCCUCGUCAAUUGACGGUCCAUCGAUCUAUAGCCAAGGUCUAUCUAUUAUUCCAUCGUUCAGAGCUUGACGGCACCGGUGCUGGCUUAAGUACAGAUAGUCUGGAUGCUUUCAUGCAUCAUUUGAAGGCAGCGACAAAUAUUGUCUCUGCAGGCUUGCUAUCCCGCCUGCGGGCAAGUCUACUUUGGGUGCGCCAUGCUCGUCAACAUUCACAUGGUACUCAACUGGAGGCUUAUGCGACUUCUAUGCAACUUCUGGACGCUUACAUGUCUGCGACAGCCUCCGUAUCAUCUCGUCAUAAUGCCAUGAAGGAAUUCCCAAGUACACUCGCUGUGGAUGCUGCAUCGUGUGCUCUUCGUAGUGGUGACAUGGGUCGCGCUGUCGAGUUGUUGGAGCAAGGCAGGACCAUCAUCUGGACCCAGAUGGCUCGACUCCGCAAGCCUUUUGACGGGCUCCAGACUUGCGGCGAUCAUGCAGCGACUAUGAAGAAAUUCACAGACCUCAGCUCCCUCCUUGGUAAACCUCCUCCAAGCCAUCCAGAAGGGACCCCAAGAGUAGAUGUGGAAGCAGAAGCCACCCGGCACAGACGUCUAGUGGAGGACUGGAAUGGAACUGUGGAAGAGAUCAGGAAGAUCGAGGGCUUCUCUCGUUUCCUGCUUCCCCCUUUGUUCUCCGAUCUUCAAGAUGCAGCUCGUGAUGGGCCCAUCAUCAUGCUCAUCGCAAGCAAAUCGUCUUGCGAUGCCAUUAUUAUCCCGCACAAGCAACCUCCCACUAGCAUUCAGCUCCCUACCGAUAUUCAGAAACUCGUCAAAUUAGUAAACACAUUCCAAGAGGCAGUUGACAAAGAGACUGGGGACCAACGAGCGCUGAAAGAAGCUUUGAAAAAGUUGUGGGACAAGGUCGUCGGCCCAGUGGUAGAAAAUUUGGGCGGAUUGGUACGACUAGGUUCCCGAAUAUGGUGGUGCCCGACGUCUGUCUUCAGUUUCUUGCCGUUGCAUGCUGCUGGCGAGUACAGAGAGAGGGGAAAUUUUCUUUCGCAGCUGUAUAUCUCCUCAUACACCCCAUCUCUCACUGCGCUGAUAAAGGCUCGCGCAAGUUGUGACAGACCCACGUCGAUGCCCUUCGUCGCCAUUGGUCAGAAUUGCCCACCCGGUGCCUCUUUCACUUUGGAUGCUGUGGAGCCUGAGCUGGAAUUGGUGCGGGAACUUUUGCCUCCUGCCCCAACUGUCUCCUUCUCCAAGAUAACCAGUGUUGAUGCCACGAAAUCGAGAGCAUUGUGCGCAUUGCGCGAAAAUACUUGGUUCCAUCUUGCAUGUCAUGGGACACAGGAAUUUGACGAACCCUUCAAGUCGGCCUUUCUUAUGCGCGACCAGCCUCUUUCGCUCCUCGAUAUUGCACAAAUGGAUCUGUCUCAACAUCAUUUUGCCUUUCUUUCUGCCUGUGAAACCGCCGUCGGUGACUUCAGUACGCCCGACGAAGUGAUACACCUAGCGGCUGGCCUGCAAUUUGCUGGGGUUAGGAGUGUCGUCGGGACGUUGUGGAAGGUCAACGAUGAUACUGUGCAGCGCUUAGUCAAGGCAUUCUAUGAAAGGUUUUGCAAGGGUGGCACAAUGAAUCCCAAACGAGCUGCCCAAGCGCUGCACGGAGCGGUCCAGUCGUUGGCUAGUGACGUAAACAUACCCUUGGCCCAGCGCAUAGUGUUCGUGCAUAUUGGCAUAUGAUCAAUUUCUCAUGGCUACGCGCAACCUAUUGCCAAGGACUUCGAUAUUGCGGACUUUGAGACUGUAUACCUACACGAUAUGUACACCAAAUGAAGACAAGUAGCCGUUCGGUAUGUUUUCGGAAUUGAU